ACUAGAAAUUAAAAUAGUGUAAAACAGAGACCUGAGGUAAUUUUGCAAAUGAAUCUGCAGCAUCUUCUGGGUCACUUAGAAACUGGGUUACGGAAGGGAUUGAGGAGCCAACCAGGACGCGGCAGCUGCGCCAAGCGCCACUCCCUCGCCGCCGGCUGACUGACCCGGAAGUGCUCGGCAGCAGCGGUGCGGGGGCGCAAGGACGAGGGAGGGGGCGGGGGCGCGGCCAACCGGCGCAUACGCGCGCGCUCCCCGCAGGACUGCCGCCGGCUGCUGGGCGCUCUCCCGGGGGCGCGCCGGAGCCGCUGCGGCCGCCGCCAAUAUGGCGGAGACAAGCGAAGAGGUGGCGGUGCUGGUGCAGCGGGUGGUGAAGGACAUCACCAACGCCUUCAGGAGGAACCCGCACAUAGAUGAAAUUGGCCUGAUCCCAUGUCCUGAAGCUAGGUAUAACAGGAGUCCCAUAGUCCUGGUUGAAAACAAACUUGGUGUGGAGAGCUGGUGUGUCAAGUUCCUCUUACCGUAUGUCCACAACAAGCUCCUUUUGUACAGAAUGAGAAAGCAAUGGCUGAACAAAGACGAAUUGAUAGAUGUCACAUGCACCCUGCUGCUUCUAAACCCAGACUUUACCACUGCAUGGAAUGUGAGAGCUGUUUCUAGAAUUUGCGAGAUGAGGAAGAAUCAGCAAAGGAGACUUUUAGGAAGAAAAGAACUUAUCCUCUCUGGCACUUUAAAUCCAAUUAAGGACUUACAUCUGGGAAAACUGGCCUUAACUAAGUUUCCAAAGAGUCCAGAAACAUGGAUUCAUAGGCGAUGGGUGUUACAACAGCUAAUUCAGGAAACCUCCUUGCCUUCCUUUAUGACUAAAGGAAAUUUGGGAACAAUUCCUGCAGAAAGGACACAGAGACUAAUACAAGAAGAGAUGGAGGUCUGUGGUGAAGCGGCAGGGAGAUACCCAAGCAACUAUAAUGCCUGGUCCCAUCGUAUCUGGGUUUUACAACACCUGGCCAAGCUAGACGUCAAGGUUCUUCUUGAUGAACUAUCAUCUAUGAAACACUGGGCAUCCAUGCAUGUUUCAGACCACAGUGGAUUUCACUACCGCCAAUUUUUGUUAAAGUCUUUGAUUAGCCAAACUGUGAUAGACGGUUCUGUAUUGGAGCAAAACUCUUUGCGAAGUGAGCCAGCCCUUGUUCUUUCAAAAGAUGAAGCAGCGGCAGCCUCAACAGAGGAACCAAGGAUAAAUCUUCCGCGUCUUCUAGAAGAAGAAGUUGAAUUCAGUACCGAUCUUAUUGAUUCCUACCCAGGACAUGAAACCCUCUGGUGUCACAGGCGGCAUGUUUUUUACCUUCAGCAUCACUUAAAUGAUCCAUUUCCUCACAGCAUGACCCAGGUGUCACCUGCAGACAGCCCUGGGGGGACUUUGAGUGACUUGCACCUCAUCCCAGCAGGCCCCCACACAUCUCAGGCAAUGGAGAUAGAGGGACUCAGUGACUCUGGCAAGCAAGGCUAUUAUUCCCAGGAAACCAAACGCCUGAAGCGGACCCCAGCUGCAGACUCCCUAGGCCUGGAGAUGGAGCACAAGUUCAUCGAUCAAGUAUUGUCCACCUGCCGGAACGUAGAGCAAGCCCGGUUUGCCAAUGCAUACAGGAAAUGGCUGGUUACAUUGAGUCAGUGAAAGGUGGAUCAGUCCUGCAAGCUUGCCCUUUAGUGCAAUAUUGCUUUCCUUUCUUUUUUACAUAGUUGCAUGAACUGUUUGGUAUUUGCCAACUACAUGUUCUUCACUUUUAGGUUAAAAGUCCAUAGUAAAUCAUUUUAUUUAUUUGGUUAAGAACUGGCAUUCCUUUGGGGAUAAGAUAAUUGUGUAGUUCCUUCCUGAUAGUGAGUCUUAAUUUUUUCUUUUGAACUUCUCAUCCUUUAUAUUUCUGAACAUGAGACUUAUUCUCAUAGUUUUCCUAACUGUUCACAUACCUCCACCCACCUCAGUGCAAUUGCUGCAUAGGCUAAUUUUUUUUUUAAUUAAACAUUUAUGUUGUAGUUCAGCUUAAUAAUACAAUACAAAGUUACUCAACCUAAUUGUUGUUUUGAGAAUCAAAUGGCCAGAUGGAUAUGUGAAAAUAUGGAAAAAUGAAAAUGAAUUUCUCAUUCUCUAGCAUGUUUUUACUCAAGGUACAGACCAACAUAACCAAAGUCAGAAGAAUUACAAUUUGUAUGAAAAACAUGCUUCCAACGUGUCAGCCAUUUUCAAAAUGGUUAUUUGGGAAAAAAAUUAAUUUUAAGUGUUCAUGUAAUUGCAGUACUGGAACAUUAUUUUUAUCACUAGUUUUGAUAGAUUGUUUUUACCUCAAAUUUGGUAUAUGCCAAAACCAUUCAAGUCAGCCCUUACAAAAAUCAUUUUUUAAAAAAAGAACCUGGAAUGCCAUUUUUAGUUAUUACUACUUACGUUCCUUCCAAAUUCACCAUGAAAAAUGGGAGAAAUAUGCAUAGAAAUGUAUCCAUUAAAAGCUUGAAUUUUAAAAAUUUAAGUUUUGAGGAUACACUCGAUAAUCUACAAGAUUUUUAUGAAGUGAUUAUUAGAAAUUUAAUGGCAAAAGCUAGGAGGAAAGAAUAGUUUUGAAGGUUAUUUCUCCAAUCUUUAUUUUAAAAAACAAAACAAUUUUAAAACUUUGAUACUAAACUUAUCAGGGAUGAGGUACCAAAGUAUCCACCUCGUAGCUGUAUCUUUUCAAUAACAAGGGCUGGGUUUUUCAGCUUGACGAAGUAGGGGUGGGGAAAGCAUCAGGUAAUAUUUACCUUUUUAUAUAUUUCCCUCUUCAUAAAUGGUCUGUGUCUCUUCUUCCCAUGUAUCUUUCUCUGUUUUCCCAAUCUGUUCCAUAUUUGCCGCUUUCACUUUUGUAUAUUUUUCCUUAACUGUCUUAUUUCAGGGAUGUGUACUGAAAGUAUUCUCCUCCUUAUUUCCAGUGAAUUUCAUACCCCAUUAAACACACACACAUACACAAUGGGAAUUUGCAUAUGAGCUGCCCCUUUGAAAGUUCCUAGUUGUUGUCCUAUGUGUGCAGAAUGUGAGUAGCAGUGGCAGAAACAAGUAUGACCACCAUACUUUUCAUGUUCUCCUUUUCACUUGCUAGGCCACCUGUAGGGUGAGGAGACAGAUAGAUGUAGGGAAAGGCAGACAUCUGCAUCUCACUGUUAAGGAAACCCUGGACUUGACUAAGGUGCACUGCUUUAGCAGAAAAGAUCAGGGCCUUUUCUUGUGCAUCAUGAUUUUGUUGAGUGGCAAAUUGUCCAGUGAUACUUAAGAACACCAGAAAAAUUGUCCAGCCUGGCUCCUGUAGACAGAAGCUACUCUUCUCUGAGAGCAAGUUUGUUUUAUAGUUUUUAUGGUAUUUAGGUGAGAAAAAAAUUGCCAUUAUGAACAAAUUCCAUGGCCCUUUGUGUGCAUAUUUUGAAUCAAAUGCCUCAAGGUUUACCUAGACCUCUAUGGAUAAAACCAUUAGUUUGUGAUUUUCAGCACCUGUAGUGGUUGGGGUAGGGGGAGUGGAAAACUACACAGAGAUGACGGGGGAGAUUUAGCCCAUUCCAUUAAUACAUGUUGCCAAAUUCUGGCCCCACUAAGUAUUACCUUUUUUCAAGCAUCAUUUAAGUAUCCCAGAUAAUAAGGCUUGUGCUUGGAUGUGAGAGUGUCAGGACAUCAGUGUACAUGAUGCCCUGUGAAACUGCUAAAUUUUUUAAUCCUCCAGCCUUUUUAUACCUUCCACAGAGUUUAUCUUGCCCAUCUUGGAUGUUAACUUUUUAUGUGUUUUAAGGUCUACCCUUAACCCCACCCCCUUGCUGAAGCCAUAUAAUCCUUUAAUAUAUCUUGGCCUCCUGUCUUCCUAAUAAAGUUUUAAGGGGGAAGUGAAAAUGCAAAUAUCCAAAGGUUACUCUUGGUAUGUGACUUUUGUGUGGUACAUUAUUUCUAAAAUUUGCAUUUUUCAAGUGUUCAUUUACAGAAACAUCUAGUAUUGCCCUAUAUGGUUGUGUUUUCUUCCUAAAUGGUUGGCAUCUAAACUCAACUAGCUGUAGCAUGAUAAUCUCUCUGAAUGAGCUCAUGCAGUGGAAAGGAUGAGUCUUUUUUCAGGUACUUGUUAGUCUUCGUGUAUUUACAAAAAAAGAGUAAGAUUUCAUCAAGCCUUCACUGGAAGAAUAGUAGGUCAUCAUACAAUCCUGUGGAUCAAGAAUGCUACUGACAAACAAAAAAGCAAUAAUAUCUGUAUAUAUCUCCCCCCCACUUUCUUUUUAGUGUACCUAUUCUGGUAAUAUGGUAUUCCCAGAUUCUACUGUGUGCCUUACUUAUAGAGAGGACUCAUUAAAUAUUUAAUGAAUGUUAACUGUUUGAAGAAGGGAAAGAUUGAUCAUGAAUGAUGGAUAGAAUGAGUUAUGAUUGAGAAAUUGAUAGAUUAGAGCAAUGGAUUGUGAUUAAAUGAUGUAUUCUAGCUUGAUACUCUAGGGGAACUAAUUGCAUAUAGAAUAACUUAGAUUUUUUUCCUUCAUUUAACUACCUUGUUUAGGCUUGUUAAAUCCCAGCCAAGGAAUGCAGAUUUAUAAUUACCUAUUAACUGUACUUUAAUAUAUAUUAAAAAUUCAUAAAAACUAAUGAAAUGAAGCCUAUUUGCAUUAAGAAAACUUCCUGUUCAUUUAUGAUGUUGGAGUACAGAUCUUGCCAACAGAGCCAGAGCCACCUUGGGACAUUUGAAGAAACUGAGAUUUCAAAGACUUGUUGUUCUGUAUCUGUACAUGGUCAUUCUUUGUUCCUCCUUUCCUCCUCCCUAACUUCAAUUGUGGACCUUUUAGAUAUUCCUUAAAACCUAUGUGCAUCAUUUUUUUGAACUUAAGAAUUUGAUACAUAUUAAUGUCCCCUUUUUAUUUUCUUGGUUUUAGCAUUUUAUUACCUCUUUGGAAACUCUGGGUCCAGACUUGGUCAGAUUUCUUACUCUUCUGGUAUGGUCCUCAUUUAAAUUAAAGGCUUCAUUAUUAAUAAGAUUAAAUGUAUACAGAUUGUCACUAAAAGCCACUUAAAUCUUCAGGUAAGGGCUUAUGUGACACAAGAUGUAGAAACAAGUUCUUGGAUUUUUUAAUGUGGCAGUUUAUAGGAAAGCAUUUAUGGUGGUAAACUGUGACUUAGAUACAUUCAGGUCAUGUCAGUCAUGCUUAGUGAGGCACACGUGUGUAUAAAGGCAACUUUUAAUAUUGUUGAGAACAAAUUGUCAGUCUAGUGAUUUUCUCUUACAUGACACAAGAUGAUACCUGACACAGGGGCUACAUAAAUACAAUUUAGGUGUACAACUACCACUUGACGUACAACAUGCUAAUCUCUGCCUUAGGCUCUCUGAGUUACAGAAUAUACUAAAGAUUUCAUUAUAAAAGGAUUUUGUUUUUUUUCAGAAAGUUUUAUAAGGUUAUAGUUAUGUUGUUAACCAGGAAAUUAUAUUUUAGAACUUAAAAAUAUUUAAAGUAUGCUAGCAAAUUUAAGCAGCAUUGUAAUAACUGAACCUUUGUCUUCUGAGUACAUUUUUUAGUAGAACUUGCAGACCCAAGCACUUUACAUGCUGACCUCCCCAUGCCUGGAUACACUCUGUCAUGUGCUCCUGCUUAGUGGAGAUGGACAUGCAGACACAGGAAGUUUAGGCACAUUCAGUGUCAUGAAGGCAAUGAGCAGGAAGAAAUCAACCCUGAGAAUUCUGCUUACCAUCACACAGUGGCUUUAAAAAAUAAUUACAUGCUGUGUUAAUUCGAGUGCCUUUCUUACUCUUUUGGGGAGCAAGAUUAAUGUUUAGGUAGAAAACAGGAUGAGAGUUUUAUCAGUUGAUUGUGACUCAUUAUUUUGUUCCAAUUGCUAGGCAGUCUCAUGGAGUAUUUACCCUUUUAUGAGAUACUGAUAGAAGCACAUAGGACACUGAUUUGCAUUUUAUUAGUUAUCAUUUUUAAGCACCCCACCAAGAAGAUUUAGUUCUUUCUCUGUGACAACUUUUUGGGGUUGGAGGCAUCAUCUUUGGAGGGUAGCAUGUGCAUAAUUAAAGAUGAACCUGGAACCUCUGCGCGUAUUCAAAGGGCAAGACUUGCAGUCUGCCUAACAGAAAGACCACGUGGUUGUCCUAAAUGAAUCCUUUGUCUCACUUUAAGGACCUUAAGAAUUGCCUCCCAAGUUCAGAAUUGGAGGAAAAGAAGUAAACAGUGAAAUGAAAUUGUGAAUGUGGCAUUUUAUGUAUUUGGGUGUAGAAAGGCGAAGGACAGACAUUACAUAUUUGAAAAUGGCAAAUAAUUUUUUUACUGUAAUUUCAUAAAAAUACAUAAAGAUUCCAAAAUGCUUUUCAGAGGACUGUCAAAUAAUAUAUUCCUAAACAGCAGCAAUAUGUCUUAUUCAUAGUGAAGACAGAAAACCAUUGUGUCACUUGUGGAUCUGGGGUAUGGGUAGGGAGAACCUCUGACUCCCAGCUUUUGACUGUUGUUCUUUUAACAUUGUAAAACCAAAUUGCUUUAAAAAAAAGAGAGAGAUUAGUAGCUUAGUCUGCUAAUGAAACAUGUGCUUCCAAAUAUUAGCUUUAUACAUUUGGUGCUUUCUGGACAAUAAUACAGUCCACAAAGCUAAUCCUGGUAUUUCUUUUAUUAAUCUGUUGUUAUUCCUCAGGGUGUAGAAGAUUUAGUAAAUUUAGGACAAAAUUUUAUAGUCAGUGGCAAAAAAAUAUAUUACUAGCUCUUAAAAUUUUAGUAUAGAUAAUAUUUUUUAUAAACCACUACCAGUGCAGUAGCUUGUAGGUGCUCUGUGUCUGCCUCUUUGUUCACUCUGCUGCUUCAAUCCCCAUAUGGCUCUAUUAGGAAUGUUCUCUUACAUACAUCUUCUCUGGAAAUUAUUUCUACAGUGUAUUAUUUCCGUGUUUGGCAGAGGAGGGGGUGUUUUAGUUGACAUCAUUCUGUUUUUGGAAAUCCUAUUGAAAAAAUGAUAACUGUUGGUUUUCAAACUAACUAUUUUGGCUUCUUAAAAUUUCAGUUUCCCUGAGGGUUUUAUGUGCCUGUCCUGUACAUAUUCAGUGCAUUGCGUAAUGCCUUGUACCUUGACCAAGAGGUCAGAGUUCUUAGUCUAGAAAGUGAAAACUAGCUUAUCACUGUCUUUCUUACCACCAUUGUCCACAUGCUUAGCUUCAAAUGAAAUGCAGUAUUGUGCAUAAGGUACAUAAUCAGAUUCAAACAUACAAGGCAAAGAUAUAUAACUGUACAACACUAGGUGAAAUUUAGAUACUUUUAAGGCAUAUAUAUGUGUAUAUUCACAUGUAUGCAUGUAUAUACAUUUCAAUUAGAUUUGGGACUUGGAUUUAUAUAGUGUUUUUAAAAGGAAUUUUAUCCAGAGAAUUUUUAUUUUCAUAUUUGCUUCAAUUGCUCCUAUUUAAAGGCAGUUUUCUUUGUUAAAGCAACCCCCUCAAGCAAAGUUGGAAACCUAACACAAGUGCCCACUUUCCUGAAUUAACCAGAUACUUGUGUAAACUGUUAAGUUUCUGGUUGCUUAUGAACCAUAACAUUCUGGCUUUUCUUCCAUACCUGAGAGAAUCAGCCUUAAUUUUAUGUGUGGUAAUUACUUUCCUCAAAGUACUAUGCAGCAUACUUCAGAUGUUUAUCUUUAUAAAAUGAUCAGUAAUAAAUUUGAGAUUUCUUUUAACAUCGUGGGGAUGAACAAUUUCACAUGUCCAGAUAUUAACUCAUGCAUCAGCAUUCUAUGCUAAUGCUCAUCGAUUAUCCUCUCUCUCACAAAUGUCAUCUUCCAUUUGGAGCAGGUGUUUUUUCUUAUUGGUUAAAGAAUGAGUGUAGACUGAGUGCAGUCAUGGUAGGUGCUCAAUAAAUACUUAAUUGAUUUUUGAUAUACCAUCAAACUAACAGCUAUCAGAAAGGAGACUGUUCUCAUCUUUUCACUGAGGAGUAUCUUUUUUGAGUAAUAUAUGUUUGAAACUGAGAAAUUGUAACACUUGAAUUAUUAACUUUAUUAGGCUGGAGUUUGUAACAAAAUAUUCUUUAUGUAGAACAUGGUAUGAAGAUAGGAGAUGUGAGAAGUUUAGCAUUUUUUUGUGCAAAGCAUAUUAUAAAUGUCUUAAUAGGCUGCUAAACUCUAGAGAGAACUGCUGUAAUUUUCUGCAAUCAGUUUCUAUGUUGCUAUAUCUCAUUUUAUCCUGCUUAUGUUCUGUUUAUUUCUCCAAAAACCUUGGUUGUUUUCUAGUGUCUUAAAGGUGGUAAUAACAUAAUAUGAAGUUAAUUAAAUAACUUCCAUUUACUUGUUUUCUCAGAACAUCUUUAAUAUGAGGUAAAAAUUCUGUGUAUGAUAUGGUAGGUUCAGAAUCUGUUAAUUUGUGGCUUUGAGUAUUUUUGACAGUUUACCUAAUGUAAAAAGAUUUAAACAGUUUAAAAACAUUCCAACCUGAGCUGUGAGGAGCAGAGUGUGUAGUACACGUGUAAUUAGGCAUGGUCUCCUGGCGAGGUGCUUGAUGCAUGACUAUGAUGCUGGCUGCUGACUGAGGCGCCCACCGUCAGCACUGUAUUUUAGUGUGUUGUUCCCACGAGAACAGCAGUGUACUAGAUUACCUUGGUUUUGAGUUGGACAAAAUAAAAGAUGAGGUAUUAUAAGUAUGCCAGAUAUUUACUACCAAAACAGAGAAGAGGAGGGGAAGAUCAUUAAAAGUCAAUAAUUUUUUUAAUAGCUUCUAAAAAAUUUGUUUAAAAAUCUUAGUCUCUUAGACACUAGGAAGUUGCAUACUUUUAACACUGAGAGACUAGUUUAAGGGAUAGUUCUCAGAUACUAUAUUCUACUAUUAGAAUUUAUCAUGUGUGUUAAUUUUACAUGGCUUGAAGAUUUCCCCCAAAAUGGAGUAUUUAAGUCAGUUGCAGUCAGUGUAGUUUUAAGAUUUUCUUGUAGGUUAUGGUUAAAUGGAAAAGUUACAUACAUGAACUGUGAUGCAAGGGUCAGAUCCUAGACUUAAAGACAAGUUUGGCUAACUUAUUUUACUGAAGAUACUAAUUGUCUUCACUCUGAUUACACUGCUGUUUUUCUUAAACUACCUUCCCCAGUAUAACAGUCUGCAUUGAAGUUCCUUUCAUUCUUACUAUUUACUAAUUGACAUUUUUUUAAGGAUUAAAUACAUUGUGAAUUCUUCUUACACUUAAAAUGUAUACAUUGCAGAGGGAUAAAAAUAAAUUUUGCAGUAAGUAAUGUGCAGAGUGGGCUGUGGUGUUCUAGGAGUUAGUACUCCAAGAAUGCUUAAAGUAUGAUGCUCAAUUCUAAGGCUAAUAUAAUGACUAUAGACUUUCUAUAUCAGCACUGUCUAGUAAUAAUAAAUGUGAGCUACAGAUGUAAUUUAAUUCUCUAGUAGUCACAUUUUAUAAAAAAACAGUGAAGUUAACUUUAGUAAUAAAUUUUAGUUAACUGUAUAUAUUAAAAAUACCAUUUCUAAUAUACAGAAUUAUAGCUAUAUUUUACUUUUUUUCCCAUAGUAGGAUUUCAAAAUUCAGUGUGUAUUUUGCACUUACAGUGCAUCUCAAUCAAUUCUGACUAGCAGCAUUCCAAGUGCUCAAAUAACCAUGUGACUGAUGGCUGCUAUACAGACAUACUAAGGAGAUAUUGCAGGUUCAGUCCCAGGGCGCUGCAAUUAAGUAAAUAUCACAACAAAGACAGUCAAGUGAGUUUUUUGCUUUCCCAGUGCAUGUAAAAGUAUGUUUGUUUACCGAAUAGCAUGUGUAUUAAGUGUGUGAUAGCACUAUAUCUAUACCUACCUUAAUUAAAAAAUACUUUGCUAAAAAGUGCUAACCAUCAUUUGAGCUUUCAGUGAGUCAUAAUCACUGAUCACAGAUCACCAUAACAAAUAUAAUUUUUAAAAACUUUGAAAUAUUGUAAGAAUCAGCAAAAUCUGACACAGAGACACAAAAUGAGCAAAUGCUAUUGGAAACUGCCCCAAUAUACUUGCUUGAUGCAGAGAUGCCAGAAACCUUCAAUUUGCUAAAAAUGCAGUAUCUGCAAAGUGCAAUGAAGUGAAGUGUAAUAAAAUGAGGUAUGCCUGUAUUGGACUGCAAAUUCAUAGGGUACAAAGUGUGACUUUAUUUUAAACUGGGAAAUGAGGUAGGCAUGAAAUUAUUGUACGUUAUUAUUUAGUAUACUUAGAAAAAUAAUUAAUAGAAUUAUCCACUCAUUUUCCUUUGUUUUCAUUUUAAAUUUGUUCUAGAAGUAGGCUCAACCUGUUCUAAUUUGCCAAGCAUUAUUAGAGGAGGAAGAAAUUCCAUGGCAUAAGAUACCAUGAUAAACUGGUUAUACCAACACAUUACCAACAACACAUUGUUCAAUGUGUUCACUAAAUUCUUACCCAUUUUUUCAAAAUAAUAAAUUGCAUGUUAUUUGCCUAUCUGUACCUAUUUUGUUUUUUACAUUAUGAUAAUAAUAACAUGUAUUAACAAUCCUAGGAUUCUAAUCUUCCUAUGCAGCUGUUUUCCAGAACUUACUGGUGCACUUACCAAGAUGUAAUAAGUGGCAGAAAGUAUAAUGGACCAUUCUUUUUUCCAUUAGAUUUGUUUUUAUCAUGUGACCAUGGACCAAGCUAGCUAUAAAUUACUGUAUUACUGUAUAAUAUGGAAAAUAAUGUUUAUGUCUUUGCUAAAUGUUUGCAGUUUCUAAGUAAACUUUUCAUCUCCUACAA